AAACUGGAACAAACCGAAAUGCAGUUAAAGGCAUCCGAAAUGGAUUUGGAAAGAGUCUCACAAAAACUAGAAACAAUCACCGAAAAAUCUGGUCUCCUGCAAAAUGAAAAAUGCAUCGAUAUGAAAGAAUCACACAUUCAGCAAAUAGAAAAGCAACUGCUACAAAUAACUAAACACAUCGAAGAGAAACAGAUUCAGCUUGAGGAGAAAAACACACAGCUGGAGAAUAUGAGCAAACAGAUGAGUGAGAAAGAGAAACUACUGGAAUGCACAAUCAAAGAGAUGGAAACCAGUAAACAACAGCUGGAGACACUGAGACAGGAGCACAUGAGACAAGAGGAGAUGUUGGAGAAGAAAGAGCAGUUGAGGAUUUCAGAGUUGAAUGAAAAAUCCAAAUGUCUUGAAGAAACAAAAUCUCUUCUAGAAGAAAGAGAUGGAAAGAUUAAAGAUCUGGAGAAAGAGAAAGAAAAGCUUGAUGAAGAACUUCAAGACAAAGAUAGACGUCUUAAGGACAUAAAUGCUAAACUGCUGCAAACCGUCAAAGAGGUUGAAAAGAAACAAAAUCAGCUUCAGGGGAAACACACACAACUGGAGAAUAUACACAAAAUGUUGAGUGAGAAAAUGAAACACCCAGAAAACAAAGUGAAAGAGCUGGAAGCCAGUAAAUGUCAAUCAAAAGAAAAGGAAACUGAAAGCACAAAUCUGGAGAAAUAACAGCUAAAAUGUUCGGAACAGAUUUUUAAAAAAAUAUUUUAAGGCAUCAAAACAUUGGGGUAGCUCCAUUUUAAGGACAUGCAUUUGGUGCAGAGUUUUUAAAAAUCUGCAUUUAAGAAUAAAAACAAAACAAGAAAAGCAUAAAAUUAUUUAAAACAAAAGAUUUCCCCCUUAAUUUUGAAAUCAAAUUUCACAAUAUCCCAAGAAAUAACAGAUAUAACAGAUGUCAGUAUAUGUUAGUAACGGCAAUGUUUCUGUGGUGGUGUCCUUUUAAGUUUUACUGUAUUUAAUUUGUGGGUUUUAUUGAUACUUUACUACUGUGCAUUUCCUCUACAAUCUCAGUAAAUGUGGUAUAUAAUAAUAAAAUGUGUGUUUCUUUUUA